AUGUCCGGAACUGCUGCCUACAAGGACCGACAAUUCCUCGCAGUGAUCGGCGAUGAAGAUUCUGUGACCGGUCUCUUACUCGCUGGUAUCGGCCAUGUGACAGAAGGCCCGGAAUUACAGCGCAAUUUCCUCGUCGUCGACUCCAAGACCGAGACAUCAGCUAUCGAAAAGGCGUUUCAAAAUUUCACGCAAGAACGGAAGGAUAUCGGAAUACUGCUGAUCAACCAACACGUCGCCGAACGCAUCAGACCAGCAGUCGAGUCGUUUACGGAUGCCUUCCCUGCCGUCCUCGAGAUUCCGAGCAAGGACCACCCAUAUGACCCAGAAAAGGACAGCGUCCUCAAACGGGUGCGCAGACUGUUUGGAGAAUGA